AUGCGUUGCCCAGUCAGCAGCGCUGGCUCUGAUAGUCCAGAGAAUAGUUUUAAAGUCCCUGCCGAUUCGAACGCUUCAGGUGGUUCAGCAUCGAGAGGUGGAGUUGAUCCAUCGAGCUUUGAAUUCGGCAUCGGUAAAACAGCAAGUGAAAGCGGUCUGAUGGGUUUUGGCGCCGGUAAUCCGCCACCCUCAUCCAGAUUUUGCUGUAUUUGGGAGCAGCGGCGACGGGCAGCAGUCAUCGCAGUACUCAACAACACAGAAAAUACCACCACCGAAGCAGCGAAUGAAACGGAACCGCCAAUAUCCGCCUCACAAUCGUCAGCAAAUACACCGGCGCGGUCGCCCCUACCGCAACCUGUUGAGGAGCCAGAAGCUGCGAUACCAAAAAAUUCUGGACUGAUUCCCGCCUCGCCACCUCUUGAUUUUGUGGGUGAAUUCGGGACAGGAGUCGGAGCACCGCCGUUCCGCGGUUCAUUUGGAGCAGCAGCACCGCUACCGUCAUCAUCUGAUAACAAUCAGAUCGAAGAGUCGCUGUUAACCGGCGAGUCAGCGCUGACGCCCAAUCGAGCCGGUCCAACCGGUGAUGGACUUGGUCCACCAAUCCUUCCUGGUGCGGCAAUACCACCUCCAGUGCCGGCGCUCGGUAUUGGUGGUGCUGCCGCUGGCAUCCUGCCAGCACCGUCACCUUAUGAUCUUUUCCAGACAACACAAAAUCCACCAACAACGCUCAAACCGUCCGCACUGCUGAGUGUCUUGAAUAAAGCCGACAUUGGUUUCAAUCAAGCGAUCAGUCAUUUUGAGCAGGGUACACCGGUCGAGUCGGCUGCUAUCGAUAUCCUUGAAGUUGCACUGGGCAGUGAGAAACUGGACAGUCAGGCGAAGCUGCUUGGCCACAUCGAUCGCACAAUUGGCAUCGACAAUUUACAGAGGUUGCAGCGAUGGGCGAACACUGGCGGUGCACUGGACGCUCUCAAGGAACAGCUCGCCAAAAUUGCGCAGAACUACAGUCCACCAGAAAACCUCCUGCCCACUCUACCACCGCAGCUACAGUAUCUCUUUGCUCCGUCCGGUAAACGGUGAUG